CCCGCUCUAGCGACGCGCGCCUGGUUGCUAGGGGCUGCGGCGCGGGAGUCCGUGGCAGCUGCAGAUGUUAGCUUCUCGUGCUUGCGGGCCUCGGUGCCAGCCCGCCGAGAUUAGGAAGUGGCUGUUUGGAUAGUUUCCAGAGGCUGAAUGAACUACAGAUCAUCAAAUACAGCAGCUCACCAAGAAGAUACUGUUGUUUUGGGGGGAACACACUUCCCAGCGACUGCAAGGGAUGCUGCUGCCCGGCUGCCAACUGAAACCAGCUCUUCCUCAGGUUUCCCGUAGACUCUGGGCUGGGAUGGGGAAACUGCAGAGCAAACUCAGACACAGCACUUACAAGUACAGCAGGCCUGACGGACGUAUGGAAGAGGGAGUCCAGACUAAAGUGUCCCAGGAGUACAGCCCCGCUCACGUGGAUGCUGUCUCUGUGGUUGCUACUCUGAGCUCAGACCUGUGUGUCUCUGGAGGAAAAGACAAGACUGCUGUGGCCUAUAAUUGGAAAACUGGACACGUGGUGAAAAGGUUCAGAGGGCAUGAGCGGGAAAUCACUAAGAUAGCCUGUAUUCCCAGAUCACACCAGUUUUUCAGCGCCUCUCGAGACAAGAGCGUCCUGAUGUGGGACCUGCAGGGCUCCUCCCAGCCCAGGCAGGAGCUGUCUGGCCAUGCCAUGGUGGUCACUGGCUUGGCUGUGAGUCCAGACUCCUCACAGCUGUGCAGCGGCUCUCGCGACAACAGCUUGCUCCUGUGGGAUGUGGGGACUGGACGGUGUGUGCGGAGAGCGUCUGUCUCCAGGAACCUGGUCACUCACCUGUGCUGGGUCCCCAGACAGCCAUAUGUUCUCCAGUCCUCUGAGGAUAAGACCAUCAGAUUGUGGGAUAGUCGGGGGCUUCAGGUGGCUCAUGUGUUUCCCACAAAGCAGCACAUCCAGACCCACUGUGACGUCAGCGUGGAUGGACACACGUGUAUCUCUUGCAGCAGCGGCUUUGGGGGUGAAGGCUGUGAAGCCACGUUGUGGGACCUAAGGCAGACAAGAGACAGAAUGUGUGAAUAUAAGGGGCACUUCCAGACAGUUGCAUCCUGUGUCUUUCUACCCAAAUCCAUGGCCUUGAUGCCUAUGAUUGCUACCUCAGCACAUGACUCCACAGUGAAGAUUUGGAACCAAGAUACUGGAGCCUGCCUUUUCACCUUGUCUCUGGAUGGAUCGGGACCCUUGACCUCCCUGGCUGUUGGUGACAUCACCUCCUUGUUAUGUGCGAGUUUCUACGGAGGAGUUCACUUACUCAGAGUGGACUGCAGCCCAGAGCUGGAGCUGCAGGAAGUGGCAGCCUUCUAAGGCCAAGACACUGACUAGACAAUAUCAGACCAUAGCCCCUCCUUCUCUGUGGCUUUGUGUUUUUCCACCUGAUCUUGGGGAGUGGGGUGCAAGUCUGGUGUUCUUUUUUUAGGGUCACUUAGAAGGCAUAUCCGGGUUAGAUGUUGGUUUAAGUCCAGUGAUUACAAAGUCAGGGUGUGGCUCAGACUGGUCUUGAACUCAUAGCGACCUUCUUGCCUCAGUCUCCUGACUGUUGGCAUCAAAGGUGUGAGACUGCACUCAAUAUACAGUUCUUGAUCUCAAGGAAAUCCAAAUGGAAUUUUUAUCCAAAUGUGAGCUUUUGGGACUACUCUUCAAAAGAAAUGUACUUAUUGCUCAAGAUGGUGGUUGGGGCCUAAGAGUGGCAAGCCUCUGUGAGCACGAAAAUGCGGGCUGGAGUCUCCAUAAAGGACAACGUUUCGAGACAAAUCAAGUUGGUAAUAGUGUUGUUCCAUAGAGGAAGUGGAUGGCAGACAGUGAGAUUAAACUCAGUCACCUCAAAGCCACUUAGGGUAAGAGAGCAAAGGCGUCUAACUCCCUGGGCCUGUGCUGCCCAGGGGCACACAAACAAGAACAAGGACACUGCCCCAAUUACAGGGAUUAUUAAGCCUGCCCCAUGUUCCAGAAGGCAGAGGGUGGGAGACUAAGGCUAAGAAAUAUGCAUCUGUGAUUUGGGUAUUUUUAUUUAUAUGAGAAAUAAGAAACACUGUGCACCUCCGUCCUCCCUACCUCCCAUCUCUGGAACGGAACGGAACGUGGAACAGAGAGAGAUGGAUUCAGCUGAGUCCGGCAACCGCGCACCCUUCAGUGAGGAGGGUCCAGGCCACUGUGCAGCUCCCACAAAUCCAGUCCUCGGCCUGGAGCUCAGAAGUCCAUUUUGCUUUGGAUGAGUCCUAAAAUAAGGCACCUGAGGCCUGGCCAGAGAAUGGCCACCUGUGUCACUGUGGAUCAUGCCUGUCCAUGGUUCAGAGCUGGCUGCCAUUUCCUCUCUCCCUCCUGUUGUCCCCAGGGUCAGGGGGUUCCUCACAUGGAAUACGGUACUCAGGACCCUCACAGGGCUGUUCCUGAAGGCAAGCUGCAAGGGUGUCACACAGUCUUGUCUAGACUGAAUGCUCAUUCACAAUAAACAUUUGCCUGCCUUCAUCUGUCUUACUUUCUAAUCUUUCAGCCUUUCAGUUCCCUGAUUUUCGGAUGACAAGGGAGUAGUAGUGUGAGAGGGAGUUACUUCACUGAAUACCUACAGUAGGCUAAGUAGAGUCUCGUUACAUGCCAAAUGUUGUUCCCAUUUCACAGAUGGGAAAGCCAAGGCCCAGAGACAUGCAGCACUUUGCCCACAGUUACAGGCACAGGAAGGGAAGGCAGACUUGGAUCUGGGCAGUCCUCUGCCCCUUUUGGCUUUGUUAUUCUAGACAUUCAUAGACCAUGAUGUUAGUUUUUCUUUAAAUUUUUGAGACUAGUUAUUAAUCUAGUUCUGGAGAUUAAACUUAGGAUAUCAUCCCUGCUGUGCCACUGAGCUGUCCCCUAGCCCUGGACUCACUUCUGGCUCUAGUGGGCUCCUGGGGGCUGUACACAGGUCACCUCUUAGGACAAGGAAACCCUAGUGUGUGCUGGAUGCAUAGUGCUACAGCUGAUGGAUUCUUCUGGAUGGAGGCAGUAAGAAAGGAGCGGGUCGGGCGGGGUCCCCUGGUGAGUUAGAGGAUUCUGCACCAGUAAUCGUCCCUUCCUGAACUCUGCCUGUGUGCUUGAUGCCAGAUUUCCGAUCUGUGCCUGAGAAGCAGAAAGAUGAGCAAACGCUCACAUUUAAAGAGCCUUUUAAAAGCCAUGAACUCUUCGCUUUAGAGGCCACCCUCUACGUUCAUAUAAAGGAAUGUUCCAGAUGGUUAACUUUUUUCUUCCCAGAAAAGUCUGCAAGCCCUUGGAAUCUUGUCAAUUAUAGAUUAAAAUUUAAACACAUUUAUAUAUUAACAUUUACCAUUAGGAUAAACAUACACUAAGGAAAAUGGGUGGCAAUUAUUAAUGGUCUUCACGUAGCCUAGGGUUGGCAGCAAAGUGCAGGACUCAGGUUACUUGAAGAGUGUAACCUCUCCGCACUGAGGAGUAGGACCUUGGCCAUUCUGAGUGGUCCUUCAUAAGCACUAGAGUCAGCUGUGAUGGUAGGGGCCUGUGUCCCUGCAUGUUGGAGGUAGAGCAGGGGUCAGGAGUUGAGGGUCAUCGUCACCUACCUCACCGAUACAGUGAGUUCAGGCCAAGCUUGCCACCUGCCCCCACCCCAAUUACAAAAAUUGCUAGUUGUUUGCCCAAAGUUGGCACAUCCUGGCACGGGCUGGCCAGCUAAUUCUACAUCCAGCCGGGUGUGCCGUGGGGAUAGCUUGGAAAUUAUGGUCAUUGCACCCACCAAUCAGCUUGACAGGAAUACCAACGUGUGGGUCAGGAUGCCCCCCAGGCCCACCCCCACUACCCCACUAGAGGAGUUUGGGGGUUUGAUAAAUGCUUCUGCAGCCCAGAUGAGGUCAGAACGGUUGGGUGGCCAGGGCCCUGGGUCACUAUGAGUUGAGCUGCUCUGCCUGCCAGCCUAGCUACACUGUUGCAGAAAGACAAAUGAGCCUCUUUAAUCUACUACAUAAAUAUUUUACUAGGUUUAGUAACCAUAAGGAAUUUUGAGAUGUGUGAGCUUAAAUCUCUGACUUGUCAUAAGUUGAAAAUAUUCUAGAAGCCAAGACCUAGCAGCAGAUGGGUGCAGGACGUGGAAUUAGUAGGUUGUGCUGUUCCAGAUGAAGUUGGCCAGACCCAGAUUAAAUUCUGCCCCCCCUUCCUAUGUUUUGUAACUGUGGGCAAAUUGCUGCAUGUUGCUGGGCCUCAGCUUUCCCAUCUGUGAAAUGGGAACAUCAUUGGUGACUUUAGUUUGACCCUCACAGCCCUCUACACUGACAGGAGGAGAAGCUACACUGCAGGAAUGAGGUCGUAUGAAUGACAUCACUGUGGGCCUUAGCUCAACACAGCAGUCAGUCCACGAUCCAUGACUCUUGCUUUAAGACUAUAUUUGGGGUGUUUGUGAUGCUGCGAGAGACGCGGGUGAAGCAAACAUGGACUGACCAGGCUGCCUUUGCUCGGCAUGUUUGUGACAUUGACACCAUCCUCCUUAUUGGGCAGGAGUCUCUGUGCAUGGAAUUGGUACUUGGGUAGUUUCUAGUUUGGGACUCACAUGACAUUGCUCCUGGAACAUCCUCAUAAGAGGUCUUUGGGUGUGCAGAUGCUUGUGUCUGUGCUGUGGGACAAUGGCCAAAUAUGUGGUGGCUUGGGAGAGAAAAGGAAAAGGAAAAAGUCCUUAAAAAAAGAAAGAGAAUAGUUGGGUGUGGUGGCACACACCUUUAAUCCCAGCACUUGGGAAGCAGAGGCAGAGAGAUCUCUGUGAGUUCAAGGACAACCAGUCUAUAGAAUGAGUGCCAGGAGAGCCAAAGAUACACAGACAUCUAGUCUCAAAAAAUCAAAAAUUAAAAAUAAAAGAAAUAGAGUUUAAAAUAAAGCCAUGUAAAGAUGGGAAAUACACAGAAAAUAUGAAUACUGUAGGUUAUUGUGUUGUCUUUGAAUGGUUUGAUGGCUGAUGAAGGAGCAACAGGUGCUAAAAGACAUUUACUGCUGGAUUAAUGCAACAUACAUAUUUUGAAAAUGCUUUGACUUCAAAAUUUAAAUAAAAAGAUAUGCUACUUUGGAGAAGUUUUGUUUUUGUUUCCACAGGAAAUGAGAGGCUGUGGAUUCAUUCUGGGUUAAGAAAAAUCAGGUUUGAUCAAGGAAGACCCCCUAAAGAAUCUCCUAUAGGAACAGAUGGUCCAGAUGAUCCAACAUUUCAGAGGACCUCUGUUUGAGUUCCCUCUGAGUUCUACAUACAAAACAGUUUCAAGACUGCUGGCUGAGAUGAUCAAACCUCAUAGAAUACUCCAGUCAGGACUUGACCAUAAUUCUAAAUUUUCUUUAGGUCCCCAUAAGAUUAUCAGCUCCUGGCUUUUUGGGACCCUAGUCCAUUUGGAUGCACACC